AUGUCUGUACUUUCUACACUUAAACGAAAGGCUUAUGAGACAUAUACAAAAUCAGUUGAUCUUGUAAAACCAACACUCACAGAAAGUCAAUUCAUUGAGAAAGGUGUUUUAACUCCUGAAGAGUUUGUUAAUGCAGGAGAUUUCCUUGUCAAUAAAUACAGAACAUGGCAAUGGGUUGGAGCCUCAGAUUGUAAAAAAACUGUAGACUAUCUCCCUGCUGAUAAGCAAUUUUUAAUUACUCGAAACAUUAGAUGUGCAACAAGAGCCCAAGGAGGUCCUCCAACUAAAACUGAAACUCUUAUUGUAGAUGGAGAAGAAUUUGAAGUUCCAUUAGAAGAAAAACCAGAAGAAGUUUUUGAAGAAGAUUCCGAUGAAAUUGUUGAUGCUGAUGAUAUUGUUGACGCAGAUGAAUUAUCAGAAGAAGCUGAUGAUACUGUUGCAACUGUUGAUGUUGGUAAAACAAGGACAUAUGACAUCUCAAUUAUUUACUCACAUUUUGAUAGAACUCCUAAAGUAUGGUUACUCGGAUAUGAUGAAGAUCAUAAACCUCUUACUGAGAAUCAGAUGUUUGAAGAUUUAAGUGCCACACACGCUGGUCAAACAGCUACUACAGACACACACCCAUUCCUGGAUAUCAAAGAAAUUUAUAUUCACCCUUGUAGACAUGCACAAGUUAUGAAAAAACGUGUUGAUGAAAUGAUUGCUGAUGGAAAAACACCAAGGGUUGAUCUUUAUUUGAUGAUUUUCUUAAAAUUCUUAGCAACAGUCAUUCCAACAAUGGAAUAUGAUUAUGGCAAAGACUUUUAA